AUGGCGGACAGAUACUCCUUCUCCUUGACAACCUUCUCGCCCAGCGGAAAGCUGGUACAAAUAGAAUAUGCGUUGAAUGCUGUCAACCAAGGUGUGACUGCGUUGGGUAUUAAGGCUACAAACGGAAUCGUCCUGGCCACAGAAAAGAAGUCGUCAUCUCCCCUCAUCGACCCUCCCUCUCUCUCGAAAGUCAGCCUCAUCACCCCAAAUAUUGGCAUGGUAUACUCUGGAAUGGGCCCAGAUUACAGAGUGCUUGUCGACAAGGCGCGGAAAGUUUCCCACACCGGCUACAAGAGAGUCUACAACGAGUAUCCGCCCACGAGAAUAUUAGUACAGGAUGUGGCCAGAGUCAUGCAAGAGGCUACACAGUCCGGUGGAGUACGACCGUACGGAGUCAGUCUUUUGAUCGCCGGCUGGGAUGAGGGUAUUGAGCCAGAGUCGGACCAGGCUGCGAUUGCCGAUACGCACCCAGACGAGAAGAAGGCGUCGGGCAAGACUGGGGGCACUUUAAAGGGCGGACCUAUGCUGUAUCAGGUUGAUCCGAGUGGUAGUUACUUUCCAUGGAAGGCGACGGCAAUCGGCAAGAGUGCUACCUCCGCGAAGACGUUCCUGGAGAAGAGAUACACCGAGGGCUUGGAGCUGGAGGAUGCUGUCCACAUUGCUUUGUUAACAUUGAAGGAGACUAUUGAGGGAGAGAUGAACGGAGAGACGGUCGAAAUUGGUAUCGUUGGUCCUCCAGCUCACCAUUUGCUUGGCGUUGAGGGGGUCGAGGGAGCACAAGGACCAAGAUUCCGAAAGUUGACACCUCAAGAGAUUGAGGAUUACCUUACGAAUCUAUGA